CACGCCCCCAGAGAAGAGUUUCUCCAUCCGGCAACUGGUGAAGGCUUUUUUCCAAGUCACAUGAUCCAGGAUGCAGGGGAAAAUCCUUCUUGGAACAGAGCUGGGUACAGAAUCGAAUCAGAUGAGGAGAGAUAAGGUGUGAUGUGGGACAGACUAUAUAAAGCAUGGAGCCAGGGCUGCAGCAAGCAGGCAGCUGUGGGGCCCCUUCCCCUGACACAGCCAUGCAGGUGCCGCCAGACUUGGUAGCCAGCCCCUGGAGAAGCACGAGGCCCUGGAGAAGCACAAGCCGCAGCUACUUCUACCUCAGCAUCACCGCACUGGUGUGCCUUGUUGUGGCAGUGGCGAUCAUUCUGGUCCUGGUAAUCCAGAAAAAGGACUCCACUCCCAAAACAACUGAGACGGCUCCCCUUAAAGGAGGAAACUGCUCAGAGGACCUCUUAUGUACCCUGAAAGGUACUCCAUCCAAGAAGUCAUGGGCCUACCUCGAAGUGUCAAAGCAUCUCAACAAUACCAAACUGUCGUGGAACCAAGACGGCACCAUCCGUGGACUCAUAUACCAAGAUGGGAACCUGGUAGUCCAAUUCCCAGGCUGGUACUUCAUCAUUUGCCAACUGCAGUUCCUCGUGCAGUGCUCAAAUCAUUCUGUAGACCUGACAUUGCAGCUCCUCAUCAAUUCUAAGAUCAAAAAGCAGACACUGGUAACAGUGUGUGAGUCUGGAGUUCAAAGCAAGAACAUCUACCAGAAUCUCUCUCAGUUCCUGCUACAUUACUUACAGGUCAACUCUACCAUAUCAGUCAGUGUGUAUAAUUUCCAGUAUGUGGAUACAAACACUUUCCCUGUUGAAAAUGUGCUAUCUGUCUUCUUAUACAGUAGCUCAGACUGAAUAGUUGCUCUUAACCUUAUGAAAAUGCUGUCUACUGUCCAAACAUGGGCAAAAGAAAAUAUAGGACAACUCAAACUAAGCACGUGAGUUAGUGUACUUCUCCUUCGGUCUUUUGGAAAGAUACAAAUCCAGGGUUUAGAAAGUGAAGUCUUCUUUCAGAUGCACAGCCAAGAAGGAGUGCAGUGUGUGGACAGAUACCUACUUGGGCACUGGAAAGGGUUGAGUUGUCCCAGUAUAACCACUAAUUCACUGACCUUGAGCUAUUUUUCCUCCCCUUGGAACUCCGGGGUCUGAACCUGGAAAAGUAGGAGAUGGGAUUUAUAUUUCCCCAACAUUUUUCUUCAACUCAGAAGAUGAGACUGUUGAAUUGAGCUUCUCAAGCAGAUGAAGGUUCCCAUGGCAUGAGGAAACUGAUAGUACCAAUAAUGUCUGUCUGCUUGUCAUCUCAGCAGGUCAUAAGGAUGUUCAUGCUGCCUCAUAGAAUGAUACUCCAGCCUCUUAUAAUGGACAAGGUGAUCCUGUCUCUCACCUAAGGGAGUAGCUGCUGCCAUCUCCUGAGAUGUACAUGGAGGCAUUUUCUGUCUCAAACUCCACCUGUGUGAAGUUUUUUAAGUACUCUCAAAAAGUUGUUGACAAUGAGAACUCUGAAUGUAGGAAGAGCUUCUGGACAGCAGACAGCAACAGCUUCUCCUGACCAGAGAGGCCAUGCAGUUCUCCUAGACUCAUCAAGCUUGAGAUUUCUACAGCACUAUGGGAGACAGACUUUUGACACGUCAUUUGAGCUGAUGUGUGGUCCCCUAGGAGUCAUACUGCAGUGAGGAAAGCACAUCCUGCUAGUGCUGUGUGAGAGGAUGGAGUGAAAUAGGAGCUUUUCUGAAGGAAAGGAGAAGAACAGAAUUUUCCAGAAAAAAAAAGGCUAGAAAAUAUUUAAAA